AUCACAAAAAAUAGAUUUUGAAUUCCAUUUUCUUGAGUUUAUUUUAAACAUGAGUAGAAAGGAAGCAUUAUCAUCAUUUAUUCAACAAAUCCACGGUAGACCAGUUGUAGUAAAAUUAAAUAGUGGCGUAGAUUACAGAGGAGUUCUAGCUUGUUUAGAUGGAUACAUGAAUAUAGCUCUGGAGCAGACUGAAGAAUAUGUGAAUGGUCAGUUGAAAAACAAAUUUGGUGAUGCUUUUAUAAGAGGAAAUAAUGUUUUGUAUAUUAGUACUCAAAAGAGAAGGUAUUAGUUGGUAUUAGUUUUAGCGAUGUACCAUUAAUUUUAAGAAUAAACAUUUUUUAAUUUUCUCUAAUACCUCUAUUCUAUCCAUAUCUUCUUUCUUCUGGUCUGAAAAUUACAUUAUCCAUUUUCAGAUUUAGAUGUUACCAGGUAUUUCCAAAUAACUACAGAUAUACUUUUUGGAUUUGCCCAUUUCUUUCCAAAAUCCUUCCUGUGUUCUUAUCUGGUUCACUAUUCAAAAUGAGUAUGGCAUGUUUACUUAAAUUGUCAAUAUUCAAGAUGUAUACAAAUAAAACUAUAACAAAGGUAACAUGAUAAUAAUUAUUAAACAAG